UUGGACUUGCAGCAUCUCCCCCAAAGCAGCUCUUUCUUUCUGGGGUGCAUCUACAGUGCAGAAAUCAAUGCAGUUUGGCAGCACUUGAACUGCCCUGGCUCCUUCCUAGAGAAGAAGCCUGGGAUUUGUAGUUUGGUGGCAAUAGUCCUUGCAAUAAAUCUACAGGUCCCAGGAUGGCAUAGGAAAGCACUGCAGUCCCUUUAAAGUGGCUCAGGACUCCAUCAUUGCUACAGUCUAUAAUAGAUGCUGGCUGGGGAUGAUGGGAGCUGGAGUCCCAACACAUCUUGGGUUCGCAAAGGAGCCAGGGUUGUUGUGGUUUUUGUUUCCCAGCUGUUUCUUCAGCCCAGAAUUUAGAGACGGUCCCUUGGCUGCAUGGACUUUGACAGCAAGGAGCUGAGCAUGCGCAGAAGGAGGGGAUGAAUCUGCUUAAUCUGAAGCCCAGUUGGAACCUUUGCACUUGCAGCUGGGCUCUCUGCUCCAGGCCUAGAGUUCGAGUCCCACCUGCAGCAUUUGCACCCAGGUCCAGGAUGGCAGGCCAAGGCAGGAAGGUGGGGACGGUGCUGGGGACCAUGGAGUUUGGGAGGAGGGCCCCCCAAGAGGCCAGUGGGGCCCUGCUCAAGGCCUUCCUGGACCGAGGCUAUAAGGAGCUGGACACUGCCUACAUGUACGCCGGAGGGGAGUCCGAGAGGAUCCUGGGAGUCCUCCUGUCCGGGGAGGACAAGGCCGUCAAAGUGGCCACGAAGGCGAAUCCGUGGGACGGGAAAACCCUGAAGGCCGAGAGCGUUUGCUCCCAAAUGGAGGCCUCCCUGAAAAGGUUGCAGAUGGAGAGCGUGGACCUUUUCUACCUCCACGCUCCAGACCACGAAACCUCCGUGGAAGAGACCCUGGCGGCCUGUGACCAGCUCCACAAAAAGGGAAAAUUUAAAGAGCUGGGUCUCUCCAACUAUGCCUCUUGGGAAGUGGCCGAAAUCUACUCUCUCUGCAAAGCCAACCGCUGGGUGCUGCCCACAGUCUACCAGGGCAUGUACAAUGCAACAACGCGCCAGAUUGAGACCGAACUCCUGCCCUGCCUCAGGCAUUUUGGGAUCCGGUUCUAUGCCUACAAUCCCCUGGCAGGAGGACUUUUGACAGGGAAGUAUAAGUACGAAGAUAAAGACUCGAACCAGCAGCCGAGCGGCAGGUUUUUCGGCAACGACUGGGCCAAAACCUACCGGGACAGGUAUUGGAAGAAGCACCAUUUCGAAGGCGUCGCCUUGGUGGAAGGCGCUCUCCGCGAGGCGUACAGUUCGAAUCCUCCCAGCCUGACCUCGGCCGCCCUGCGCUGGAUGUAUCAUCACUCAAAGCUGCAGGGAGACCGUGGGGAUGCUGUGAUCAUUGGGAUUUCCAACAUGGAGCAGCUGCAACAGAACCUCCAAUAUUGCGAAGAGGGCCCUCUCCUCCCGGGGGUUGUCGAAGCCUUCCAGAAAGCAUGGCACCUCACUGCCCACGAUUGUCCAAACUAUUUCCGCUGAAGGUGAGCGGGAACCAGAGUGCAAACUGCGCAUCCCAUGAGCUGGAAGUCCCUUCAAGAGAAAAUCACUUCCCAGCAUCCACUCCUCUUGCUGCUGAAAGGUUCCCUCUCCCCCAACCUCUUCCUUUUCUGAGUCCUCACCACCUUUGCCUUAAAUUAGGGAUGGGCAACAUGCGCUCUUUCAUAUUGUUGGACUGCACCUCCCAUCAGCCCCAGCUAGCACAGCCGGCGCUGAAGGACGAUGGAAGGUGGAGUCUUAACAGCAGCCAAAGCAACGCAUGUGCUCUGUCCUUGCCUUAAAUCAAGAGAGCACCUUUUGUCCUGCACAGUUUUUGCAAUGGUUUCCCCUUCCAUUUGCAAGUUUGCUCUUCUCUCCUUCCAGAACUAUUGACUGUUGUCGCUUAAAUGACUCAAUCGUUCAACCCCAAAUCCUUCUCUUUGUAGAACAAGGACCCAGAAUAAAACAGUUUCUCAAACAAGAUGGCUUUAUUUUG